AUGAGCACUAACACGGAGGAAAAGGACAUAGUGAGUGCUGUACUAUCCCGCCGAGAAAAACGUCGUAAAGAAGUCACACGGUAUCACCAACGUCAGCACAGCAAGGGACAGAGGUCAGAUGCGAACCUUCGUGAUAAUCGCUUGUUUUUAUUUUCUGAGGAAAAAAAAGCUUCAUGGGAGACGGCAGCGUCUCCAUCUCACGAUUUGCGCCCCAUAUCGGUGUUAGCGGCGUCUUCACAAGGCAACCCCGGUGUGAAGGACGAUGAUUUUGAGGACUGGAAUUUCGAAUUCGUAUUCCACAGUGAAAACGCGUCUAGGGAAUCCGCGAACCAACUUGACGGGGAUGAGGAGGAUGGGCUUGAAGAGGGUGUUUGCACCCAUGAAAAAGCCAUUGUGUCACCUUCGUUUUUUGCCGAAGUGGCAAACAGUACCAUGACCUCGGUGUCCGAUUCGCUUAUGCUUCCAAGCACACAGGGCGUAAAGCGACCGGCAAAGCCACUCACCAUGCUACCACUACCACAAAACCCAAUGGCAAGUUCCACUGUAGGGAGAGCGCCGAACUUCAUCCAUGUCAGCCGAGCUGAGGGUGUACCACCGAUCCCUGUGAGGACGCCCAUGGAAUCUGGAACCGACCUCAACGUGCCCACCAGCAAUUAUCUCACAUUGGAUAGCACUUACAACAUUCAUCAACAUGCGCCUGGAUUCGUGAAGAAUGAAAGAGCCGCUCUCAGCUCCAUGUUCUCAACGAGCAUGCUAGGAUGGGAAGAUCUGAAGGAGGAUGUUCUGAUACUUUCCACCGGUGAUGCCAUGCGGUCAGUAUUUGAGCAAGCCUUUACAGACAAUAAACCGCUAGCUCUCCAGGUUCAGAGGCUAGGACCGACGUUAACAGUCGGUAUUCACUCCGAAACUCCAAGUAGCGUGCGCGAGAUGCGUAAGCGGGCUCUUCUGAGCAAGGCUCUCUAUCGAUUAAGCGAGUCUGCACCGACAACAGACCUUCGUGAUGCUAAAGUGACUGAGGAGGUUGUGAAUACCUCAGAGCCGUCGUCGGAGCUGCCAGCAGAGCCCGUAAAUGCCGUUGCUCUUCCCCCUCAACGGGUGGGGUUGAGUGUAGCCGAUCACGCGCAAGCGCAUAACCGCUACUCCCAUAUCCUACGUUGGGGGAUUGAUAAGAUGGAGGUAUUGGUCGGAGUGGAUACGCCCAUCCUACUCGAUCGGCGCAGCAACACCGAGCAAAUGUUAAAGCUUGAGGAUACAUCGGAUGUGAUGACACCGCAGGAAAUGCAACGAGAUUUACUGAAUUGCUGGUUUGAUGCCACGCUCGCAAAUGUACCGCAGGUGGGCAUUUACAUUCACAACGCCGGUGUGGUUCAGUGCUUCGAGGUAAAGAAGGUUCAAGAGCUUUUGGGGCUAGUCGAGGGCCGUGUUGCUACCGCGGCGAUGAAUUUUACCAGCAACGUCUUGCGUUGGUUGGUGCAGCAGUGUGUGAAGGAUGGCGCCACCUACGCCGUACUUAGGGGGUACCGUUCGAGCUAUCUUGAGCUGUACGAGCUUCCACGCGAGCACACGCUGUUUACAGAUCCGACUUAUAACAAUACCGAUGUCUCUCCUGUAGCCAUGGACUCCUCGGCGAGGCAACAUCGCGAAGAUCAAGAGCGCCUCAACCUCAACUUGUCGAGAAUGUGUUUGGGAAUGGCGCAGCACCUUUUCCAUCACGGCAACAUCGUCAAAACCAGUGAUACGCUGUCACUUUUGCUACGCAGUUUCGUUAUAUUUCUACAGCAGGGAGACUCCGCGCACGCCGCGGAGCAUGUCUCUGAAAUAGCCCAAAUGCUCCCCAAACUGAUUGGCAGACUCAUCCUUCAGCGGCACACCUCUUCAAUACCAUCUCUGGACUCUAAAAAUGUCAAAUGUCAUAACGCCAAGCAUUCUAAAGGGGCUGGGGUAGGGGAGGGGAAGCAGCCUGUACACGAGGUGCCGUCCGGCGAUGUGGUCAGUGAAACCGAAUCCCAGGCCUUCCCCGAGGACCGCGACGCCUGCCGCGCCCGUCCCGAAGCCUACCGCGAGGCGCUCGUCACCGGUGCUCGUUUUGAAAUGAGGCUACGCCAGACGCUAGAGGAUUGCAGGCUCAAGCCGAUUCUACGGCGUAAUUACGCGCGCUCGCUGGUUUUAUGCUCCGUCGCCAUCGGCGUGGCGGUUGCUCGAGCGCUUGAUGCUUUCAGCACCGAGCGUGGGUAUCAUUUACACGGCAGAAACGAGAUUUCGAAACGAAAAAACCUGAAUAAGACCACAGUAUCGGCAGAAACGGAGAAAAAGAGGAAGAAGAUACACGGAAAGGAAAAGGAGGACUUUACAGUCCUGAAGGAUCUGCUUCAGAUCGUUGUGGAAGGCCUCAUGCGGCUAGAGCAUCUCAGCAAUACGAUCGAAGCUUUUGCGACCUCAAUGAGGCAAUCCGAAUUGCACGUUCAUGACAACCCUAAUGCCAUGUUUGAUGCCACUUCGGACCCAGAAAAUGCCGACCAGAAACCAGGAACCGAGCCUCUUGCGAAGGGAGAAUCGCCGUCGCAGCAGGAGUAUGGUCUGUUAAUGGAUCCAAGGGCCGAUAUCGAUGUCAAACCUCUCAAUUGUUUUCUUUGUGAAAUAUAUGGCGACGUUGUUUUGACUAUUAUGACGGACUCUGCCAACACGUUUACGGUGGACGUGCUGACUGAGGUGGCUCGUCGUAUCAGCACUAGAGAGGAAGAAAAAGCACAACAACAACAGCUAUCUCAGGAAGGCAACCAGAGAUCAAAGGGCGGCCUCCCUCCAUUCUCUUGUUCAACCCUACAAUGGAUUUCAGCCCUGACGGUGGAUCCGGUCAACCUUUCAUUCACCGCGAUGCGCUUCUACGCCAAAGCCGGAAGGGAAACCAGACGGCUUCUGAUCAAAAUGGCGAAAGUGUAUUACUACGUCGGGGUGCAUUACCUAAACACGGACCGCUAUACGAAAGCGCUCGAGGCACUUUAUCGCGCCAAAUCCCUUUUCAAAACCUCGCAGAAGGCGCCUGAGGAUUCAGCCCUUGCCGAAUACUUCACCUUCGCCCCGAUGGUGUUCCUGGAGGAUGUCCUCAAGGCUCUUGGGGAUGUUUACACCAACAUGGCGCUCCUCAAGAUGCGGGCGGCGCUGCCCACCACCAACGUCGAAAUCACCUUCGCGCAGCCUCUGAGUAUAGGCUUACUGCACGACGGCAACGAGGAGGAAACUCGGUUCUUUCAAAAAGCAAUCGACACGUACACCGAGGGGAACUGUUGGAUCGAGAAGGCGCGGGUCUUACUGCGGUAUGCGGCUAUUUUUAUUGACAAGGCCACCUUGGCAGGUGUCCCGAUGGAUCGGGCGGGCUCCGCGCGGGCUUUUGAGCUCAUCGUGGAGGCCCUCAAAGCGGCGGAAAAGGGCCAGACCGACCGAACAGACUGGCGGCGUCGGCUGGAGUGGGAGACGCUGCGGCUGGUGACCACGACCUCGGUAGGCCAGUGCGGGGGGUCCUUGCUGCGAAGCGCCAGGACGAUUCAACAGCACUGGUCGGAGCGGCUCUGUUGUGAGGCCGUCUUGGCAGAGAAACCGGGGGACCACCAGCCCUGCAUCUCUACCACCGCGGCGGAUGGGAAGAUCGGCCCGACACCCCCUUUGGAGGCUGCGACGGUGGUGGAGCAGAACUUACAGCUGGGGUUGGUCUACGUCGUGGAUAUGGAGGGACGCGGUGCCUCUUCGGGGGUGGCGGCGAGCACGAGAAAGGCCGGUCUCAGCGCGCUCGGGCUUCGUGAGACUACCCGUCAGUGUAUCGCGUUUACUAUUGCAGCUAUGAGGGCGGCAUGCGAGCGGUGGCAGAAGGAAACCGAGACCUCUGAGUCUGUUUUUCAGACCGGAUCAAUACCCACGGCGUCCUCGCGAAGGAUGACCUUUAUUGCACGUUCGUGGAAGGUCGAAACAGAGAUAGAGUGGGUCUAUCGCAUGACCUCAAUGAUAGUGCUUCGCGCUUUGAAGGCUGUCAUGGCUUGUUCCGAAAAGAAACUAAAGUCGGAUGCCGCACCCUUCUUUACUCGAGUACUUGCGCUGGUGAAUCCUAUCACUAAGGAAAGUGACAGUAAAAACAACCAUUGGGUCUGUGCUACAAAGUCGCUGGUUUCUGUGUUAGAGCCCAUACUCUCUUGGUAA